UUGAGGAGUGACGCAAUUGCGGAUUUUCUAUCACCUUGUCGGCUCAAUUAUUAAGAAACCAUUACUCGGGCUUCGAUUUGAAGACGCAAUUUUGCAAGUAACACGCGUUUUUUAUCUACCCGUUGGUUCUUCACUUCCACGUUUGUCAUGAAGGAUUGGAGCCAAAGGGUACCCCUCGCGAAAGUGACUCAAUCGCCGGUGGACUUGCGGACUUUGGCAUCACGCUCUUUGCGGAUGAACGAGAUCUUCACUUAUAAAAGACUUGAAGCUUCUUCUUCGCACUGAAAAACAAAAUUCAAAUCCGCGGCACAUAUUUACAAUCUUUGAAUCAAACUCGACAGUUCGCGACGCCAUUCACCAUGAGCCAAUCCCCGCCCCGCCGGCGUAUUCGCCAGCUAAUACCACAGCUUCAUCUGGGAAAAUGGCCUACCGGUCCCCUAAACUCCAUUACUGAUGUUCCUGGUGUUCUAUCACACACAGAGUCCAUUCAUAACCCUCCCGGAAGCGAGGAGAAGUCUCCUGACAUCAAUACCGGUGUCACGGUUAUUUUGCCCCGGCCUGACUGGUACAAGUAUUCUAGCUUUGCCGGUUUCUUUAGCUUUAAUGGCUGCGGAGAGCUGACGUCGUCCCACUGGCUCAAUGAAACAGGGCUGUUGGCGUCACCAAUCGUCCUCACCACUACGUCCUCUGUUGGUGACGCGUACCGUGGAAUCCUGGAGUAUGCUGUUCAGUAUCACUCUAAUGAAGACAAAGAAGUUGAUCUGUUUCUUUUUCCAACCGUUGCGGAGACUUUCGAUGGUUACCUGAACGACCAAAGCAGAUUCGCCGUCACACCGCAGCAUAUCAUCAAGGGUAUUCGAAGCGCGACUGCUGAGGCUGUGAGGGAGGGUAACACUGGUGGCGGAACAGGCAUGAUUUGCCACAGGUUCAAGGGUGGUACUGGUUCGAGCAGUCGCGUCGUCAAGGGCUUUGACAUCGAUGGAAAUGCAAAGUCCUACACAGUCGGAGUGCUUGUCCAAGCCAACUAUGGUUCUCUAGACAACCUCCGUAUAGGAGGCGUCCCAGUAGGCCAAAUUCUCAAAGAGCAAGGGCAGACAACAACAGAACAGCUCAAGCCGGGAGAAAAAGAGCCGCGCAAAGAUGGCAGCAUUAUCGUCAUCGUUGGCACUGAUGCUCCGCUUCUUCCCGUCCAGCUGCAACGUUUAGCCAAGCGUGCUACCGUGGGCCUGGCCAAAGUUGGUGGAUAUGGAAGUAACACAUCGGGGGAUAUCUUCCUUGCCUUUUCCAACGCCAACGACAUUCCAGUUCAAGAACUUUCCAUGUCUGGCGCUCGUUCUGCUCACCCCCAUGUUCCACAACUCCUGGGUGUGAAAAUGUCAACCAAUGAUACCAUUGAUGGGUUGUUUGAGGCUGUUGCUGAUGCAACCGAGGAAGCUAUUUACAACGCACUCUGCAUGGCUGAGACGACGGUAGGCUUCAAAGGGAGAAGGGUUGAGGAGAUGGAUUUGGUUAAGGUAAAGGAGAUUGUUGAGAAGAGAUUGUAAUCUCAAGUUCGCCUUGUCAUCAGACCAUACGAUGGAAGGUUUGUUUUUGGGGCCAAAUAAUGCUACUCGACUAUUUACGGUUGAAGGGGAAAUCUGUGUAUCUGAUAAUAAUAAUAGGGACCUACAUGCUAUAAUUAUUUCUUUGUCGUGUUUUC